UCAUAUAUUGACAUUUCUUUCAGAUUUCAGUCAGACAGUGACACUUAUAUAGGAUCUAAUUCAAACAUAUGUUAAAGAAUUUAUUUAAAUAACAAGAUGAGUCAAGAAGCUUUGUUAGCUCAAAUAAAAGAUUUAAAAGAAAAAUUAGAAGCUGCUACACAGAAGAAUGUUCGGCAAAAGAUUAAAGAAAUGUCAUCUGAAGUCAUAGAUUCAAAUCCCUACAGUCGCCUCAUGGCUCUUAAACGUAUGGGCAUAGUCAACAACUACGAAAAGAUCAGAGAUUAUACAGUAGCUGUUGUGGGUGUUGGAGGUGUAGGCAGUGUUACAGCUGAAAUGCUUACCAGAUGUGGAAUUGGAAGACUGAUUUUAUUUGAUUAUGAUAAAGUUGAACUUGCCAACAUGAAUAGACUAUUUUUCCAGCCACAUCAGUCUGGAUUAAGUAAAGUGGAAGCUGCUGCGGAAACUUUAAGAAACAUCAACCCAGAUGUAGACAUUCAUACUUACAACUACAAUAUUACUACUGUAGAAAACUUUGAUAAUUUUACUGAAGUUUUGAGGACAAGCAGUUUGACUGGGGGCCCUAUAGAUGUGGUAUUAAGUUGUGUGGAUAAUUUUGAAGCUAGAUUUGCUAUUAAUACUGCUUGUAAUGAAUUUAAUUUGACUUGGUUUGAAUCUGGAGUGUCAGAGAAUGCUGUAUCUGGACAUAUUCAAUUUAUUGUGCCUGGAGAAACAGCUUGUUUUGCUUGUGCUCCACCCUUGAUUGUUGCAUCAAACAUAGAUGAGAGCACAUUAAAAAGAGAUGGGGUAUGUGCUGCUAGUCUUCCAACCACUAUGGGCAUAAUAGCAGGGUUUCUGGUCCAAAAUACCUUGAAAUAUCUUCUUCAGUUCGGCCAAGUCACAAAUUAUUUAGGAUACAGUGCAUUAACAGAUUUCUUCCCAACAAUGAGUCUAAAACCUAAUCCAAACUGUGAAGAUUCACACUGUAGGUCAAGACAACGAGAUUUUGCCUUAAAACCCAAACCAGAAAUAGCUGUUGAGGCUAAAGAAGAAAAGCCUGUGCAUGAAGAUAAUGAGUGGGGUAUUAGCUUAGUAGAUGAGAGUUUAGAUGUUAAAGAAGAGGUCGAUAUUGCACAAGGAGUUCAAUUGGCUUAUACAUUACCUAACCAGAAUGUUGUUGAAGAAUGUGAAGAAGCUACAGCAGCCAAUGAAAUUAGUUUAGAUGAGCUUAUGUCAAAAUUGAAAGAUAUUUAAUAGUUAGUUGUUAAAAAAAUAUCAUUCCACUAUUUAUUAACGAAAAAUUUUUUGGUCUAAUUAUACAGAAUGAGUCAGAAUGGCUAGAAUAAUUUACUUAAUAAUAAUUGUACAGUGCUGAAAGCUGCAAAAAUUAAAUAAAUAUUUAUUUAUAAAUCAGUCACUCCGGAUGGAGAGAGAAUGAGCAUUAUGCUAGAGCUAUUUUAUAUAAACAUCCAUUAUGACAAGUCAAUUUAAAAAAACGUACCAGGUGGUGCGAAUUUUCAUCCCAGUGUUUUUUUGUAUAAUUACUGUUAAAAUUAUAUAAAAACAGUAAUAUUUUAAGAUGUUAUAACGUUGAAGACAUUUUACCAAUGACUAUUACUAGAAAUAAGUUAAACAUUAAAAAAUAUAAUUUUAUUCAAAAAUUUUUGAGUUAACAAAUCAACUUUCACAUUAAUUACAUAUUAUUUUCAUGCUGUGAGAUGGAAAUACAAUAUUAUUACAUUUGCUUUGAUACUUGCAAUCUUUCUUGGGCAAAUAUGGCACCUUCCUCUUCUUUUCAGUUGUUGUGAAUUCGGUUCUUCCACAGGUUCUUCACCUUCCAGAUGUGCUACGAGGACGACCUCGUAAGUACACUAAAAAUAAUAGAAAUAUGCAAGCCAGGGCGAAAAUUCGCCCCCCUGGUAUUAUAAAGUUAAAAUUGAGGGCACUUGCAGAUGUCCUACAUUGAAUGGAAGAGCUCAACAGUCUUCUGUUAGUUAUAAUUUGUCCCAUUACUCGUGACUCACUCUGUAUUUUUAUUGUAUUAUUAACUGUUGUUCGUUUUAUUAAAAUUUUUUAGUUUUUGUUAUAUUAUUAAAAAAUAUUUAUAUUUCAAUUGGUACUGUAAAAAUGCCCAACUAAGAGCUUGAUAUACAAGACCAGUUCACCAUUUCUCCAACUGUUGUGUUAGGUAUCAAUUAUUUUUAUUUGGAGGAUGGUAAAUUUUACAAACAAAGCUUUUAGUUAUCAUCAACACUAACUGACACAUCUUUGUGAUCUUAAUAAUAAAUUAUUAGAGUAAAUUCCUCAGUAUAUCGUUUAAAAAGCUUUUGAUACAAUGUGUAGCUACAAAAUGGUAUUUAUUAAUGUUAUUUUGAAUUUUUAUUUUAACUUUGAGUGGUAUGCAUCUGAAGACACCUUAAUAAAGUUAAUGAAUGUCUUCCAAAAAUUAUCCACAAAAAACUGUUUUUGAAGCUCAUUUACCAUAUUAAAUAAUUGUAGUAGAACACUGUAAUUAUUUUCAUAUAAAAUGUAUCUUGUCUAUAUUUUUUGUUUGUCAGAAGCAAAUGGUAAUGAUAUUGUCGUAUAUAUUAUUUUUAUUGAUCAUUGGUGCUUGUCUUAAAGAUGCUACAGCAUAACAAAACCAGUUUUUUGAUAGUAUUGCCUUCUUGUAUACUCAAAAACACAAAAAAAUUAUUUUGUUAGACUCAUGCAUUUAAUUUUUUUUAUUUUCACAUGUAAAAAAUAUCAAUAAAGCAUUUUUUAAA